CGUUCGUUCGCAGCGCGCUAUAUCCGCCGCCCUUUGCGCCUCACGACACAGGCCCAGGCACAGGACUAGAAUCAUCUCAGGAUGCCAACAGCCCGGAAGCGCCCCUUGCAGAAUGCCGACCUCAACGACAAGGCACAGGAGGCGAAGCAGCCACCUAUGCUGCAUCGGAUCAGGAACAUGUGGCAGUUCGCCAAUCUGUUCCAAUUCAUCCUCCUCUUCGGACAAGCUCUGAAAAUCAACGAUAACAUGGAUAUCGAGGAUCUGGAAGCUGAAUGCCUCAAACCCGGGUCUAUGGCCCUGCAGGAUAUCGGCCUGAGUCUGCUUAAGUUCCUGUCCUCGCAUCGCGGCCUGACUCAUGAGUUAUUCGACGAAUACGCAAGAAGGCAAUUCCUCGCUAAAGCCCCGGACAAGAACCCGUUCGGGACGGCGGAAGUCCCCGCCAGGUUCGCGGAUUUCGACGUCUUCACCAAGAUUCGCGUGCUCCAGCUGAUGACGCAGCUCAUCAUGAUCAAUCCGGAACGGCUGCGGGAGAAAACCGAAGAGCAAAGGGAUACAGACCAGACAAAUUGGCGCAUCGAGCCCUACGGAUGGGAUCGACAUGAUCGUACAUACUUUGUUCUCGACGACAACCGCCUAUAUCGCCUAACGGAUGCACCACCGCCUCCCCCGAAGCGGAAAAAGAAUACGAAAAAGGCCAAAGCAGCCCAGCGGGCCCGCAAGAGGCGGCGCGUCGCGUCCGGAGAAGCAAGCGACGUCGACGAUGCUGGCGACGAGGCGUCAGAAGCUGAAGCAGCGGCUGAACCACAGGACGACGGACUUGGAGGCAUGAAGUGGGAAUGCUUAGCAGUGUCGCUCGAAGAAGUCCGCGGGUUCUUAUCCACCCUCCAGAAAACGAAAGACCCAAACGAGAAGACCCUACGAGACCAAAUUCAGGACCACCUGCUGCCUAUCCUCGAGAAACAAGAAGCAUCCAGGAAACGGAAACAACUCCAGCGAGAAAAGGAGCUACUCAGCUUGGAGAAAAUGGCACAUGCGAAGCGAUCGAGCCGAAUUGCCAGUAAAAUGGAGCAGCGGAGGAGAGAGGAGCAGGCCCGUGAGGAGGAGCAGAGGAGACGCGAGGCGGAAGCGGCGAGCAGGAAGGCCUUGCAGCAGCGACUCAAGAUGGAGCGCGAAAGGGAUAACCGGCUCAUGUCGAGAGAGCAGCGCCUCAAGGAACGAGAAACUCGGCGCCGCUUGCACGAAGAGGAACUGGCUCAGUUAUCGGAAAACAGCAGAGGAGAGCGCAGUGCAUCUGCUCGGAUGUCGGAGCGGCGACGACUAGCCGAGAUUGAGAGGAACAAAAAGGCUCUGCAAGAGCUCGAAGAAGAGGAGGAUGACUGGAUUUUCGAUUGUGUUUGCGGCGUCCAUGGCCAAGUGGAUGACGGAACACACAGCGUGGCCUGCGAGAGGUGCAAUGUCUGGCAGCAUAGCAAAUGCCUUGGCAUCGACGAACAGGAGGCGGAUAAAGACGAUUUCCACUUCGUCUGCAGUUCGUGUCGUCGGCGGGAGGAGACUGCCAUUGAUUCGGCCGCUCGGGUCAUCAAAAUUAAGGUUAAUCGACGCCCUCAACCCGGAUCGCAACCCACACAGCAAGGGCCCGAGCCCAGCGCAACGGCAUCUCAGCAACACGGUACCCGGUUUAUCGAUCAACUACAGCGAAAUGAAUCCUCGGAUGCGCUUGGAAGCACCGAGCCGCUGCACGCUGUCACCGGCCCUGGCUUCCACGGGCCCUCCGCACUUCAGUCGGAGCACUCUGCCACGCAGGAACAGACAACCAGGAGCAGCCUUGACAGCGCCGGCAUUACUGGAGCCUCACCCAUUAAGCAGUCAUCGGCCAGUUUGGGGAAUGACCUCUCCUCGUUGCCCCAUACGAGUGUCCCGGCCCCAUUUACACAAUCGGCGAACUCCGGCGCUCACAAUUCAGCUCCUGGCGACCACACCACCACCUUGGCAGGUGAUGAUGAUGGACACUUGGGAUUGGCUGCAACAUCCGCCGCGUCGAUGGACGCUCUUUCAAAAUCUGCCGGAAGCGGGAGUGGCGGCUUUCCGCUGUCAAAGCAACCGGGCCAAGCCCCUUCCCAUGUUCCUACAAAGACGUCUGUCUCUGUUCCCGCGGCCUCGAGUACCCGACCACCAUCGCUUCCCGUGGGGAAUAUCAGCAACAUAGCAUCUUCGGCCGUUGUUUUGCCACAUUUGACUCCUGUCCAGCCGCGCGAUAUCAGAUCCGAUUCUGCGACCGGGUCUGCGCCACUUCCGCCUGCUAGCAACGGCUUGUCUCCUACGAAGCACUCACCGCCCGUGCCAAAAACCGAAGGGCAGGCCAGUGGAGUGCCCAACGGCGCCGCGACUCCUGCCGGUGGAGGGUGCCAUUCAUCCACAACAGUAUUCCCUCCGGUGGCCUCCUUGGGACCUUGUCCGCGGCCGCCGAUAUUGACGCCUCCGGUCAAAGCGGCGGAACCGGCGAGAGCGCCAUCGUCUCAGCAGCAGAUGCAGGAUGCGCAGACGUUGAAGCUUGUGCCUUGUAAUUCUCCGCGGCUUGGCGCCCCCCCGAGCUGAUUCGAGAUUCGCAAAGUUGCAGGGCCGGCUCGUUGUGAUGAUACCCAAGCCUUUAUUUACCUCAAGCUCGAGACUUGAACGGCUCUAUUUGAGCGGAUUCACCAGCGCGAGAGAAGUUCGAG